CGCGCGCCCCCGGCCGCGGGCGGUGACGUCUCGGCAGCGAUGGCGCCCACGGGGCCGCCGGCAGAUCCCAAGAAAAGUGUGGAAGAUGAAAUUGAAUCUAUUCUACAGGAGCGGAUAAUGGUUUUGGAUGGGGGCAUGGGGACGAUGAUCCAGCAACAUGCGCUGACAGAAGAGGAUUUCCGAGGGCAUGAAUUUAAAGAUCAUUCCAGGCCUUUGAAAGGCAAUAAUGACCUUCUCAGUAUAACUCAGCCUGAUAUAAUCUGUGACAUACACAAGGAAUAUUUGCUGUCAGGCGCUGACAUCAUUGAAACCAACACUUUCAGCAGCACCCGAGUUGCACAGGCUGACUACAGCCUCGAGCAUUUGGCAUAUCGAUUAAACAGAGUCUCUGCACAGGUGGCCAGAAAAGCAGCAGACACUGUAACUACUCAGACAGGAAUUAGGAGAUAUGUUGCUGGAGCCAUGGGUCCAACAAACAGGACACUCUCUGUGUCACCAUCUGUGGAGAGACCAGAUUACAGGAACAUAACUUUUGAUGAACUGGUUGAAGCCUAUACAGAACAAGCCAAAGGACUUUUGGAUGGAGGAGUUGACAUCUUACUGGUGGAAACCAUAUUUGAUACUGCCAAUGCUAAGGCUGCUCUUUUUGCACUCCAGAAGUUGUUUGAGGAAGAGUAUGCUUCCCGACCCAUAUUUGUUUCUGGAACUAUUGUGGAUAAGAGUGGGCGUACCCUCUCUGGCCAGACAGGAGAGGCAUUUGUCAUUAGUGUUUCCCACAGUAAGCCACUUUGUAUUGGCUUAAAUUGUGCUUUAGGGGCAGUUGAAAUGCGUCCAUUCAUUGAAACAAUUGGAAAAUGUACAACCGCCUACAUCAUCUGUUACCCCAACGCAGGUCUUCCCAAUACUUUUGGUGGUUAUGAUGAAACUCCAGAAGUGACUGCCAAGCAUAUAAAGAAUUUUGCUUUGGAUGGUUUGGUCAACAUAGUUGGAGGCUGCUGUGGUACCACACCAGCACAUAUCAGAAAAAUUGCCGAAGCUGUGAAAUUCUGUAAGCCUCGAGUUCCACCUUCUCUCUCUCAAGGAUACAUGCUGCUGUCAGGUCUGGAGCCAUUCAGGAUUGGGCCAUACACCAACUUCGUUAAUAUUGGUGAACGCUGCAAUGUUGCAGGAUCACGGAAGUUUGCUAAACUCAUCAUGGCAGGCAACUAUGAAGAAGCCCUAAGUGUUGCCAAAUUGCAAGUUGAGAUGGGUGCCCAGAUUCUAGACAUAAAUAUGGAUGAUGGCAUGUUGGAUGGCCCUACUGCAAUGACCAGAUUUUGUAACUUGAUUUCUUCAGAACCUGAUAUUGCAAAGGUGCCAUUAUGCAUAGACUCCUCAAAUUUUUCAGUGAUUGAGGCAGGUUUGAAAUGUUGCCAAGGGAAAUGCAUUGUAAACAGCAUCAGUCUAAAGGAAGGUGAGGAAGACUUUCUGGAGAAAGCGAGGAAAAUUAAAUUAUAUGGAGCAGCUGUGGUUGUUAUGGCUUUUGAUGAAGUGGGGCAGGCAACAGAAACAGAAACGAAGAUUGCAGUCUGUUCCAGAGCUUAUCAUCUCCUUGUGGAAAAAGUGCACUUCAACCCAAAUGAUAUAAUAUUUGACCCUAAUAUUUUGACCAUAGGAACUGGAAUGGAAGAACAUAACCUUUAUGCCAUAAAUUUUAUCAAUGCUACUAAAACCAUUAAAGAAACACUGCCAGGAGCCAGGAUAAGUGGAGGUCUUUCCAAUCUGUCCUUCUCCUUUCGAGGAAUGGAUGCCAUUCGAGAAGCAAUGCAUGGAGUGUUCCUUUACCACGCGAUUAAGUAUGGCAUGGACAUGGGAAUUGUGAAUGCUGGGAAUCUGCCUGUGUACGAUGAUAUCCACAAGGAAUUGCUACAGCUGUGUGAGAAUCUAAUCUGGAACAAAGAUCCUGAUGCGACAGAAAAACUUUUACAUUAUGCUCAGAAUCAUGCCCAAGGAGGAAAAAAAGUUGUACAGACUGAUGAGUGGCGUAAAGGCUCUGUGGAGGAAAGGCUGGAAUAUGCUCUCAUAAAGGGCAUUGAGAAGUAUGUCACUGCAGAUACAGAAGAAGCAAGAUUAAAUCAGGAAAAAUAUCCUAGACCUCUAAAUGUAAUUGAAGGGCCUUUGAUGAAUGGCAUGAAAAUUGUUGGUGAUCUUUUUGGUGCUGGAAAGAUGUUUCUGCCUCAGGUGAUAAAGUCUGCUCGAGUUAUGAAGAAAGCAGUUGGCCACCUUAUUCCCUAUAUGGAAAAAGAAAGAGAGGAAAGGAGAGCCAAGCAAGGCAGCACAGAAGAAGAGGAUCCCUACCAGGGUACAAUAGUACUGGCAACUGUGAAGGGAGAUGUACAUGAUAUUGGCAAGAACAUUGUGGGAGUUGUUCUGGGCUGCAACAACUUCAGAGUUAUUGAUUUAGGAGUCAUGACUCCAUGUGAUAAGAUAUUAAGAGCUGCUGUUGAGAACAAAGCAGAUAUAAUUGGCCUGUCUGGUCUCAUCACGCCAUCUUUGGAUGAGAUGAUUUUUGUCGCCAAGGAAAUGGAGAGAUUGGCAAUAAAGAUUCCUUUGCUCAUUGGAGGAGCAACUACUUCGAAAACACACACAGCUGUUAAAAUUGCCCCACGAUAUAGCGCACCUGUAGUUCAUGUCCUGGAUGCAUCCAAGAGUGUUGUGGUUUGUUCCCAGCUCUUAGACGAUAGCAUGAAGGAUGAUUUCUUUGAAGAAAUAUUAGAGGAAUAUGAAGAAAUUAGACAAGAGCACUAUGAGUCUCUCAAGGAAAGAAGAUACUUGUCUCUACAGCAAGCUAGAAGAAAAGGUUUCCAUAAUAAUUGGUUAUCAGGUGAUAUACCAGUUAAACCAAAAUUCAUUGGCACAAAAGUCUUUGAGGAUUAUGACCUGGAGAGGCUGGUGGAGUACAUUGACUGGAAACCUUUCUUUGACGUCUGGCAACUUAGAGGAAAGUAUCCCAACCGGAGUUUCCCUAAGAUCUUUAAUGAUAAAACUGUAGGUGAAGAAGCAAAGAGAGUUUAUAAUGAUGCUCAAGAUCUACUGAAAACAUUGAUUAAUGAAAAGAAAUUACAAGCCAGAGGUGUGGUUGGGUUCUGGCCAGCUCGAAGUGUUCAAGAUGAUAUCUACUUGUAUGCUGUAGAAGAGGCAGUGGGAUCUUCAGAACCAGUAGCAAAAUUUUAUGGAUUGAGGCAACAGGCUGAAAAGGACUCUGCCUGCACAGAUCCAUAUUACUGCCUCUCUGACUUCAUAGCACCACUGGAUUCUGGCAUUUGUGACUACUUAGGCCUGUUUGCUGUGGCCUGCUUUGGUGUAGAUGAUUUAUGCAGUGAAUUUAGGAAACAGGAUGAUGAAUACAACAUCAUAAUGGUGAAGGCUCUCGGUGAUCGGCUUGCAGAGGCAUUUGCUGAAGAGCUUCAUGAAAGAGUUCGAAGAGAAUUCUGGGCCUACAGUAGUAGUGAGCAGCUGGAUCUCUCUGGCCUGCGCAAAAUUAAAUAUGAGGGAAUUCGCCCUGCCCCUGGAUAUCCCAGCCAGCCUGACCAUACAGAAAAACUCACCAUGUGGAAACUUGCAAACAUUGAGGAAACAACAGGAAUUGGUCUCACAGAAUCACUGGCAAUGAUACCUGCUUCUGCGGUUUCUGGCCUCUACUUUUCCAGUCCUAAUUCCAAAUAUUUCGCUGUUGGCAAGAUAUGUAAAGAUCAGGUAGAAGAUUACGCACUGAGAAAAAAUUUGUCUGUGGCAGAGGUGGAGAAGUGGCUGGAACCCAUUUUGGGAUAUGAUACUGAAGAACUGUGAUAUUUGUGGGUGAACUUCCUUUUUUGAUGGUCCAUUUGCCAGAAGGAACAAGAAAAUUCUUCCCACUGGAAACAGCUUUCUUCCAUCCAUCCCACUAGCUUGUCUGAUUGUCUUAAAUUUUUAAUCAAGGAACUUAAUAUUUCAAAUCAAAUCUGCCUGGUACCCUUGGCUUGGGACCAUAAAUGUAUUUAGUUUCUCAGUCACAGCAGCAUACUUUUAUUUCUUUUUAUUUUUUCACAAAGACUCUAGCAGAGAAGCUAGGUGUAGGGUGAGACAGGGAAACUGCAAAGCUGUCCUGUUCUCUGGAAGAUUUUGAAAUCAGGGGUAAGAAUUUCCCAUGGCUGUGGAUAUGCAUAGAACAGAAUUUAGCUUCUGUUAUUUUAGUGUGUUCUGGCAAGUCCAGGGACAGAAAUAUGGGAUUUUUCUGCAAAGUCGCAAAAUGUUUUAUACUGAGUGAUCAAGAACAACUGAAGUAUAACAGAUCUCCUUUUUAAAAAUCAUCUGCUGAGUGUUUAGUCUUGUACUUGGGAACACACAUUGUUCUCAAUGGUAGAACUAUCAGAAUAACAGAAUCUUCUGGAGUAGUGUCAGAGAUAUGUAUUGUGAAAUGGGAUGUCGGAACCCAUGGAGUUGUCUGCUUCAUGCUUCCUCUUCCUUUCAGCAAGUCACAGUCUGUAUAUUCUGUACAAAGGCUAUUGGCACUUCCUACAUUACAGUAAAUGUUGUGAAGCUUAAUUCAUACAUAAACAAUCAUUUGUACAUGAAAAUUGUGAUGGCAACAUAUUUGCUGCUACAGACAGCCAGAAAGCUUGGAUCUGACUUUGACAGAGUUUUUAACCUUCUAGAAAACUGGAUUUUAAAAGCAAAUAAUACUGUCAUACGUAACAGAUAAUAUUGUAGACAUAUUCUUCAGAUUUAACUGAGUCUGCUAAUUGUUCAUAGCUUUCAUAAUUUCUGAAAAGUGCCUCAAGUAUUAUUUAAAUGCUAAUUUAGUAAAAUAUUAUUACAGAACCCCUCCUUUUUUUCGUCUCUAAUUGUAAACAAAAGACCAAUAUUGUAAGGAAGAUGUUCUUUUAAUAGUUUAUUGCAAUCUAUUAAUAGCUAUGUACUUUUUGUAAUGUCUUCAUCUGAACUGAUGAUAAAAGAAUCAUCUUGUAUCAACAGUUUAAUAAAGAUGGUGUUAUCCUAUUAGAAUCCUUUAAAUGGCAACAAUAAAAUGUGUGCAAUAAUCUGAGAAGAUAAUGUCAAAAUUAAUAUACACUUGUACCAUGAACCUGAAAUUUUAGAAGCUGCUAUGGGGUUUUUAAAGUAGUUGCGUAAGUGUGUUCUUAACUGAAUCUUUUAGAAUGGCUCAUCCUUUAAUGACUUACAAAAAUAAUUUCUAAAUGGAUCUCCCUUCCCCCUGCCUCUCUCCAUGUCAAGGGACUUGUGACAUGUCCUUGCUGAGCAGCUGAUUUUUGUAGUGGGAACUGUUUCUCAGUAGAACACUCGUUUAGAUUGCCAAGAAAUAGAGUAAAAUGUCCUUAAUAUAAAAGAUGAUUUGUUCCUGAAAUAUGUGAAAUUUGAAAUCCUCUCUGCUUUGUUUUUGGUAAUUGCACUUCUGCUGAUCAAUUUAACGCUUGGAAUCUCUCCUCUCUGGCACUCUUCCAUAUUCUUAUAUUUGGAAUCAGAGUGCCUUAUUAGUCUGAAAAUUUGAUUGUGUGAAUGGGGUCAAAGUUUGACUUGCUCAGCUUGGUUUGUUUAUUGAUACAUUUUCCUGAAGUCAGUGGAAACCAGUUCAGUGAGUGCAGCUGACAGCAGGAGGUCUCUGCUGUCUAACAGUGGUGGUGUUACCUUAUUUACAAGCAGAGGGAUUCAAAAGUUGUGCCGUUGCUUUAGCCCUUCACACAUGGCAUCACACACUGGGAAAAUCUUCACAUUUGCCUGCAAAACUUGUCAUUGGGAGAAUCUGUUUGGAAUAAUUACUACUUGUUAUUAUGCAAAUGUUUUAUCAAGCACAGUUCCUUUAAAGCUUUGUUAUUUUAAAUUUUCAGUUAACGUUUUGGAUAAGACAAAUUUUUAUUCUUGUCUCCAGAGCUAAGGUAAACUGUGAAGCAAAAGAAUUUCAUAAUUGUACCAUGGAAGGCUAUUUUGCUUGAAAGACUGACAAGUUUAGAAUGCAUAAAAUAUUUUUUGCAGUGCUUUUCUAAAUACUAUUACCACAGGUUCUAGAUGUAAGAGAUGAUGGAAAAUGUAAAUGCUUUGUAAACAACUCUUGGUUUAGUUCUUGUGAGUAAUUUACUUUGGUUACUGAUUUUUUUCUUCUAAGUCAGGCCAGCAGCCUGGAGAUUAAGUUUUGUGGCACAUAUAUUUUAUGGCUGUCAGGAGGGAAUACUAUUAAACCUGCCCCUUCAUUACCAGGUCUGUUUCAGUGCUGCUGUUACUCCUGGGAAGAAUCUAGUGCAGCUUGUUUUGUCAUUAGGGUGCUAUCAAGGUCAGGUCAUUUAUCAAAAAAAAAACCCUAAAAAUCACUUUUCUUUUUUUUUUCCAAGUAUUUCUGCAUCUUUUGUGAAUCUUCUGCUUUCUUGUUUAACAAUGUGAAAGUUAUACACCCUUUAAAUUAAUUUCUGCUUCUUAAAACACAAGUCAUAUUCAGAAAAUGAAGGGAAUAGUGAGAGGCCUUUGAGACCAUGCCUUUUCUGAAAGGAUUUGUUUACUAGUAACUGUGACUGGGUUCCAUUAAUUUUGCUUUUUAAAUCUUUGUCUGGUUACCUGAGUGUGCCUUGAAAAAGUGGAUUCAGGGUCUUAAAAUGAGGAACAAGAGAAGAAAUAACUCCAUUAAUUAGUUGAGGAGCAUGGUUUCCUUACAUAAACAGUAGCACGUGUUCUCAGUCACUUGGAGAAACGGAUUCCUGUGCCCUCAAUUUAUCAUGGCCUUGUCAGGGCACAGCCUGUUAAGCCCUCCUACAAAGUUCUUUCAUUUGAUUGUCAGGCUUCUGUAGGUGCCAGUUUCCAAAUGAACAUGCACUGUGAACAGAAUGCAAACACAUCCACCCUGCUUUCACUCAGCAUUUGUAAACUGUACAGCUAAAGGCAGAACUGAAAAACCAGUGGAGUUCGCCCCCAUGUUUGUUCUAAUAAUACCACCCUGGCUGAAUAUCGCGAGUUUCUGACCAUGCCACAUGCCUGAUAUAAAUAGCCAUGCAAAGGAGACCUCAGCUGAGAUUACCAAACUUGGUGUUUUGGGUUUGUGAGUCAACUCCAGCCAGAAUGGCAAAAGCAAUCUAGUAAUUAUCCUCGCUGGCCUGAAGCUGCUGUGAUGACUGUGGGAUGAAAGGCCUUGUUUUCUUCCUCAGUGCCCUAAGGCACCAGGGUGUCUUGUGCCUACAGCUCCUGAUCAGGCAAAGGGGAGUGAUCCCAGGCCAGGGUGGGUGGUCUCUGCCAUUCCUUCCUACAAAAAUGAAAUGUGUUGGGGGAGUGUUGAAACUCAAACUGACACCAUGUUAGUUCUUAGCUCAUGGUCUCUCCUGUCCCCUCUCCCUGUCAAAUUGGCCUCCUCUUCUUCCUUUUCAGUAGUCCUCCUCCUUAGCUGCAUGACAGGGUUCUCUGUAGGUUCUGCCAAAAUGAAACUGUAGGAGUCUUUUUAAAAAGAAAUUUCUUUUAUGUCUUUUAUGUCUGUUCCAGAAGGAAAUUUUUCACCAGGCAAGCAUUGGACAAUAUUAAUAAAUGUGUUCAUAGCCCUGCCUAUAGGAGCUUUAUACCGUGUGUGUCAGUCAUUCCUAAAAAAAAUUGCAGAGAAGGCCACACAACGUGUUAAACUAUUCCCUGUGUUUUAAUUGCAUCUUUAGUUACAUGGUGGUUUUCAUCUAGAUAGCAAAACCAAAAUGUGUAUUAAUUACAUCCUUUGUCAGUGUACUGUUUUAAGCCCACAAUUAAUAAUGAGCUGAUAGUAAAACUAAAUAAAAUUAAUGUAAUUUUCAA